GCGACGUGAACAAUACACAACGAGCCGCCCAAAUUAUUUACGAUGUCGACAGCGUACAAUAGGAAAAACCCAUGUUCUAGAAUAUUCCACGAUGGUCUCGCUAGAGUAUACUCGGGGAUGUUCUAGAACAAAGCGGAGCCUAUAAAUACCAGCUGAUCAGAUGCUCAAUUUUCAUUCCGUCAGUGACUACGUAUCGCGACUUACCGUGUUGUUCAGUUCGCAGUAAUAUUGUACGCGUAAUUGGUAUUUGUUUGUUAUAUUUCAUUCUUGUACAUACAUAUCACAGUAAUAUAGUGCUUAAUAUUUUAUAAAUUGUGAGUGAUUAUUUAUUACCAUAAACCACAAAUUGGUGACCUCGACGUGAUGGAAAACAAUGAAUCGUCAGUAGCCAGAGUCGCGGUGAAAAUUCCCGAGUUCAUUUCGUCGGAUCCUGAACUUUGGUUCGCCAUGGUCGAGGGAAGUUUUGCCAGCGCAGGUAUCAAGAUCGACAGUACGAAAUUUGGGUAUGUUGUCGGCGCAUUACCACCCAAAUAUGCGGUUGAAGUGAAAGAUAUCAUAAUGGCACCACCAUCGGAAAACAGGUACGUAAAAAUUAAACAAGAAUUGGUCAAACGUCUCAGCGCAUCCCAAGAAGAAAAAACUCGCCAACUAUUGGAACGGGUCGAAAUGGGUGAUAGAAAACCAUCGCAAUUUUUACGCCAUCUUCAAAGCCUAGCUGACACCUCCAUUCCUGAAACACUGUUAAAAACGCUGUGGAUGGGCCGACUACCGAAAAGUAUUCAGGUAGCGCUGGCGAUCGUCAAGGACUGCAAACUCGAGGACCUCGCAGCACACGCAGAUAAUAUGCAGACGCGUCUGGUCCUAUGCUACCUCAGAUCGCGGAAUCAAGUGAGUAAUACUCUGGAAGCUACGUUAAAUCUUAAGCUUUCACAGCUAGCGCUAGGGAUUAAUCAGGAAAUCACGGCGCUGAGAAAAGAAAUCGCUGAGAUCAACACCCGUCCUGCACGUGGGCGAAGCCCCGAUCCUAGUGCCCAUCGUUCAAGAUCUCGAUCACGAAGUCGUAAUUCACACGGUGUCAAUGGAAUGUUGUUGGUAUCACUGGCGUUUUGGAACCCCAGAAAUGUGUAA